CUACUACCUACAUUAUAUCACUCUGUGGUAGAUUUAUAUACACAAUUCUAAGCAAUAUUAUUCUUGAAGUAUAAAAACAAUUCUUCAACAGUUUGUGAAGUCAUUGCAGACGUGAAUGUCGACGGAGAAAACACAACAUUAUUGUCUAGUGAAAUUAAAUCAAAGAUAAUAAAUUUACAGCGCAUAUUCGUUGCGCAUACAAAAAAAAGCAACCAAUAGUCACCAUCACUAUGGAAACAAUAAAAGCAGUUCAGGAUUACGAUCUAAUGUUUAUCACCGAUGCAACAGCCUCUAUGGGUAGAUUUCUAACCGACUUGACGUCUGCACUUCCACAGAUUUUCGAUCUGGUUCAAUUAACCAAUCUAAUCGACCGCAUAUCAGUUCUGGCAUUUCGAGACUAUUGCGAUACAGAACUUAUUGCAUGGAGUGGUUGGUCGAGUAUAAUGGAUACUUCCGGUUUGCUCUCAUUCGUAGAACAGCUACUGCCAGAUGGUGGAGGUGAUGAACCCGAGGCGGUUAAGACGGGGUUAUGGGAAGCGAGCAAGAAAGUGGAAAAACCGACAAUCUGCAUACUGUACGUAGAUGCACCGCCCCAUCACAACUAUGCAAAUCGACCAGAAAGUGAUAACUGUAGAAUGGAAGUUAGUGCGCUUGGGAAAACUAAUAGUCAAUGGAUCACUAUUUGUGAAUUAUUGCAUGACCGUCAGAUGCGCAUGUACCCUGUGUUUCCAACUUUACAUGAUCCUGAAACAUACCCAUUUUACGUAAGUCUUGCGGAAUUUACGAACGGUCAUUGUGUGGAAAUCGGCAGUUCCAGUGUAACGCGUGCUACCAUCGGAAUUCUAUUAAACUUGGCCGGCGUUGAGUUUGAAUACGCCCAGAAAUGCUCUAAUAUUACCAAACAUCAGGACUGGAAUUAUAAAGAAAUCCUAGCAGACAGAUCGAUGUACAAGAAAAACAAAAGAGAGAAACCUCAUCGGGGGCCGGUUAAAAUCGAGGUCAUCCAAGCUAUAAAACUCAAAAUUGGAAGUCCAACCAUCAACUUUCAAAAAUCGGAAGAAUAUAAAGAUGUGGUCUUUAGAGUGUUUCACAGACUGUUACUGCCAGAACGAGUAAUGGCCUUCACAUACAACACAUUGUUUGGAAAACUUUGGCGCGAAAUUUGUAAGCAAAGAAAAGAUCCACGCCGUGAUGCCCUUGUUGAAAGACUGGGACAGACAGUGACAAUGAUCAGUGAUUCGGACCGGACAGCUUUGCAAGCUUUUAUUGACACUACUUAUGAUAACACAGACGAAAUUGAGAGAUUGAUACUUCCGUACGGCGUCGAUGGUCUAUUUUAUGUCAUCGAUCAUGACAAGCAUCUCUCACGGAAAACGUUAUUCGAAAUCGGACUUUCAUGCGCCCCGGUUGCUGUUCAGACGGUAUUGCAGCUUCUCACUGGAUUGCGAGUUACCGCUCAGAUGCCUAGUCGUCAAUGCAACGUACCGUACUUACCGGUAAAUUUGCAAUCAAACUUAAAAUUUAAGUUGCUGCCCCAUCUGAUGUGUCCUGGCACAAUGUUCUCGUUAAGAUUGAGCGCAAUAAUGGCAGCUAUUGCAAAAAUAUCAAGGUCGAUUUUGCGAGACGAUGCAACCAGAUUUUUGAAUGAAAUCAGAGGUACGUGGAUCGACUUGCAAUUGCCCGAAUGUAAUUCGAUCGAUUUUGCAAGACUGAUGAUGCAAAUAAAAGCCGAUGGUCUGACAGAAGAUGAAGCAAGACAUUUCCGUAAUAUGAUCAUGAUUGGCUCUGUUAAACGGUCGAGAAAAAAUCAACUCGAGGUUGAAAUAUCGUACACAUCCUACAAAACGAAGAGACCUGACUACAAAGAUAAAUGUAAGACAUGUGGACAAUGGCGCUCGGUGACAUUGCUAUUGGAUGAUACUUGCGCUUUGUGCCUUUUGAACGAUGGAGUCAGUUACUUAGAACCGAAAUCAGAAACAGACAGCUGGAUGUGCGAGUGUCGAAAAUGUCUGGUUCAUUACGCUGUUUACGCAAAGGAUGAUUUAAGAUGCAGAGCAAAGUGUCACUUCUGUCGUCUGGGUAAAGUGGCACCAUCAGUUACAUGCCAAUUGUGUAAGAGCAAGUUUUUGUACCAACGCUCGCUCCCAUUGUCAGAUUAUACUUGCGCUGUUUGUGCGCAAAACAACAUCAGAGUUGGACAGAAAUGCAACCUGACUGUGGAGAAAUACGUUCGUCAAAAUGGGGCACGAUUUAUUGGUAUGGACAUUGAUCCUGUCACUUUCUUCGACGACAAAACCAGAGUCUUUAAGAUGUCAAUAGAGGAAAAACAGAAGGUGAUGCGGAAUUUCGAAAACAUUGACGAAAAGGAACUGAUGAACCAUUCAUUCAUGGUCGGCGAGUCGCGUAAGGAGGUUUGGAAUGUGAAGGAGAUACAACAAACACUCAUUUCGCUUCUUAUGAAACUGAAGGCGUCGCAAUGUAUGAUUUGCUUCGAAGAAGUUCCAUCUGACAAACUUUUGCCCAUCUGUGGCCUUACGAAAAAAGGCUGCUCAAUAGAAGCCUGCCGAAAAUGUCUCAAUUCAUGGUACAAUCAACUGGCACCCGGUCGUGUUUGUCAACCUGCUCAGCUAGUAUGCUGCUAUUGCAAGCGAAUACCUGCCUUAAAAAUUGUCAAACAAUACAAUCGUGCACUAUGCACUCUGAUGAAUACUAUGGACGUUACAGCAUUCGAUCCGGCCUAUAUUUAUGCGUGGUGCUUGAAGUGUUUUGCAAUUAAACAAGCUAUGCCACGUGAAUGCGGACGCGAACAGCAGGAGAUUGUCGACUUUCAAUGUGUGGAUUGUGUUGACACUCACCACACACUCGCUAAAGAAUGUCCGAAAUGCAAAGUCCUAACGGAGAAGUAUGGAGGCUGUAAUCAUAUUACCUGUCAAAACGUACUCACCGAUGGAACUGUUUGUAAUGCCCAUUGGUGUUGGGUAUGCGGAGUGCUGAGUACUGAUUCUGAAAUUUACGCACACUUGUCAACGGUUCAUGGCGGUUUCUUCUCACCGGAGGAUAUCGAAGGCUGCGACGGGGAAAUAUAUAUCGACGAGUGAAUUUCUUACACCAGAUUUCUUCGACUGAUUUGUUUGGAUUUCUGUUUGUAAUUUGUGUUUUAAUAAAAUGAGAAAUCUUAAAAUUACGAGAUCCUUAACCAUCGAAAA